AUGACGCUACGCGGUACUUUCGAGGGCACAAUGAUGCAGGUCACUCUUGCAACGCUUGUCAAGCCGAUUGCACCCUUUUGGGGCAUCCCAGGAGACCCGCACCAUGAACGGGAGCACAUGGAGAGCAGCUCCAUGGCGAUUAUUCCUGCAGGGUCGACAGUCAAAGGGUGCUCUUCCAAGAUCUAG